AUGAGAAUCAUGGCUGCGUGUGCCUUGUCACGUGCAGCAGCAGCAGACAGACGCAGGCUUCAUCAGGCCACUGCCCGCAGCAGCAACGGCAGCUGCAGCAGGACGAGCAGCAGCAGCAGCAGUAGCAGCAGCAGCAGAAACAGCAGCUACUCCAACAGGGGGGAGAAGAAAAGGCCACAGAGGAGCCCCUCCUUAGAACUGCUACAAAGGGGAACUGCGCGGAUACGGGCGUUGCUGCGUCGAGGCCGCAGCAGGAGAAAAGAAGCUGCUGUUGCUGAUUCUCCUGCUGCUGCUGCUCUGGCCCCUUCUGCUCGCAUUGCUGCAUCUCCCGCUGCUGCUCUGGCCCCUUCUGCUCGCAUUGCUGCAUCUCCCGCUGCUGCUGCUGGCGUUGCUGGUCCCAUUUUACUCAGCAGCAACGAACAAAAGCUGCGUCAACUAGGGCACUGCGCGGUGUCUCAGGAGCGUUUGCCCUCAGGGUCAGGUAUAGUAGGUAUUCCAAAGGCCCCAGGAGCUGCUGCUGCUGCUGCUGAGAGCAGCAGAAGCAGCAGCAGCAGGAGCAUAACCCAUUGCAGUUCCCCGCUGCGGAUAGAUGUACUUGAGCCAGUGCAGAGAGGCGCUAAAAACUCCCGAACGCAACUUUGCGAAAAUGGCAACGCUGUAGCUGCUGCGGCUGCUGCACGUGCUGCUGCUGCUGCGCAUGUUGCUGCUGCUGCGCUGGCUGCUGCUGCUGUGACGCCGGGAGAAUCGUCUCUGCCCGCACUUGUCGAGUGCAGCGGCUUCCCGCAGACUCUUCUGCACCACCGAGCUGCUGCUGAUGCUGCUGCCGUUAUUCCUUUGGCGCCUGAAGUGGCUUGCACCGCUGUAGAGCAACUGCAGCAGCAACUGCAGCAGCAGCUGCAGCAGCAGCUGCUGCAGCAGAAAAAACAAGAACAACAGCAGCAUCAACGUGUUCUGCAUGCCUUCUCACUACAACGUGAGAGAACCCUGGAAGAGUUACAGGACUCAUCGCCCGGUGCGCCAACUGCUUCUGCUGCUGCUUCCCCUACUGCAUCUGAUGCUGUUUCAGUUAAUACUGCUGCUGCCAAUGCUUCUAACACUGCUGCCUCUGCAGUUUAUGCGUCCCUAAAAGCAAGCAUGGCCGCAUCCACCUCGAUCUGCUGCACAAGAGCAGCACGACGGACAGAAGAGAACCCCAAGGAAGUGCUGGCGGCUGUUGCAGCUGGCGGACCAGGUGCAGCAGCAGACGAACAAACGCAGCAAGUGCAACAGCAACAGCAGCAACAGCAGCAGCAACAGCAACAACAGCAACAGCAGCAACAACAGCAGCAACAGCAGCAGCACCAACAACUAAGAGAUACUCCAUCACAUGCAGGUGCUGCGUGUGAGGUGCUGUCGCCAAGGAAGCUUGGCGGGUUGUGUACAAGCAGCAGUGGCGGCAGCAGGAGUAGCAAACACUACAACAGCAGCAGCAACAGCAGCAGCAGGAGCCACUGGGAAGGUAACUGCGGGACUGCAGCAUUGCGGUUGAAAAUUUGCAUGCGCUUGCGCGAGCAGGCGCUGUUGCUGCAGCAGCUGGAAGAGAGGUUUCUGCUCAGGCAGCAGCUCCUCAAUGCUGAUCGGUACGCAAAGGGGUUGCGGUGUAUGUGCAGCUGCAGCAGCAGCAGCCGCAGCAAGACAAACAAGAACUCAUCAAUACGUGAAGCUCAGCCAGACGCAGCAGAAGGGGUGCCCGCAGAUGGCACCGGCAGCAGCAAAUCAACAGAGUUAGGGGGGAGUGUGCCUCAGUCACCCCUGCAGCAGCAGCUGCAGCAGCAGUUGCAGCAGCAGCAGCAGCAGGGCGUGAAACUCUUGCAGACCCUGCAGCAACUAGAGAGGGAGGAUACUGCAGAGGGCGUUGGGUUCGCUCAAGUGAGCAAGGGGGUGUGCAGCAGCAGCAGCAACAGCUACAGCAACCAACGCAAAAUCCAAGAAGUGGCGGCCCACGGGGCUGCAUGCAUCAUGCCUUACCAACCGAGUGCAGAGUAUCUUGGAGGGUCAGCAUUAGCAGCAGCUGCUGCAGCAGGACUAUCAGCAAUGCAUUCAGCAGCAGCAAAGCAAGAAGCAGCAGCAAGAGCUGCACUGGCAUGCAAGACCGCUGCACCACCGCUCCCUCCACGAGGGUUUGACAGCCCUCCACUCAAGGCAGCCUUAGCAGCGGCGGGCGACUCGGCAAAGCAGCAGCAGCAGCAGCAGCAAGAUGUAGAGAUUUCAGUCUCUGCAGAGCCCCUGCAGCAUGCAGUGGCAGCCGCUGAAGCUACGACCCGUGCAACAUCCGCCUCCGUCUUCAGGCGGGGGCCAGAGCUUGCAAGCACGGAAUGCAGCGAGGCAGUAGCAGUAGCGGCAGCACCUGCUGUUGCUGCAGCAACACAAGCACAUGGAACUGUUCGCCUGAGUGUGCCUGACGGCUCUAGCAGCAGCAGCAGCAGCAGCAGCAGCACCCUCAGCAGCAGCAGCAACAGCGGCAGACCAGGGGGCCCUGGCUGCGUGUGUCAGUGCCGCUGCGGAUUCCUCAGGCAGCGACGAAUGUUUGCGCUGCCUGGAGAGACGCUGCAGGCAGCAGAGGCAGCAGCAGGAGCCAAUGCAACAGCAGAAGCAACAGCAGCAACAGCAGCAACAACAACAACAAUAACAACAACAGCAUCAGACCGCUCAAGUGAAUCCGAUCGGAAGCCUCUGUUGCAUCCCCGAGUAAAUUACCUAAGCAGCAUAUGCUCUACUUUGGCAGCAGCAGCAAGAACAGCAGCAGUGCCAGUACCAGCAGCAGCAGCAGUAGCGUUGGCAUGCGCAUAUGUUCUAAGAUACCUGCUGCAUGCAGUGAUGAGGUGGUUCAUCUACAUAUUUGGGUGUGCUGCUGCGAAUGUGUAUUUGCUGCUGGUGCCGCUGCAGCGGGCGCUCCCCCAGCCUCUUCAUUCGCCCAAGCAGUCCCAGACAGCGGGUCUUCUCUGGGGGCUGUUGCAGCACGAGCUGCAGCAGAAGCUGCAGCAGCAACAGAAAGUCUUGCUCCAGGAGCACAACAGCGACCGGACAGCAGCAGUAGCAGAAGCAGCAGCAGCAGUGCAGCAAGCCCUGCACCUGGUUAAGAACGCAGAACAGGCUUUGUUGGGAUCCGAAGCAGCCCACGAGUUGCUGCCACAGGCCCAUUAUUACAGCAACAAAGCCAACGACGACGCGUUGCAGCAACUGAAUCCUGCUGCUGCUGUUUCUGCUGUUGCUGCCGCUGCUUCCGAUGUUCCAGAAAAGCAGCAAUGGGAAGCCUGCCCUCAUGCGACACCAGCCAGGGCGGCACGAAGCCCCAGAAGCACCAAAGAAAGUAGCAGCAGCAACAGCAGCAGCAGCGGCAACGGCGAAUUGCAGCGGCGGCGGAAGGAGUUGAACAGGGACCUUGGAGGCUCUGCUGAGCAGCAUUCGUCUGUUCGAGUGUUGGCACAGCAGCACCACCCACAGCGCAUGCACAAAGCAAUCUUCCCGAUGACCCCGGAAGGAGCAGCAGCAGCUGGUGUUGCUGCUGCUGCUCCUGCUCCCCCCCCUGCUGUUGCUGCUGCAGCGAGCAUCCCUGCGCCUCAGCAGCAGCGCCGCAAGGCCCCGAGCUGCGGCUCCCAAUUACUCUUAUCUGAACCCCCUGCCCCUCAGCCUGUGCCUCUGAGGAAGUUAGGGGGGUCUUGUUUAGAGUUGGAAGGGAGCAUUGCUGCACAAGAGGAGCUCAUGCAGCUGCGAGGUGCUGCUUUCCUCAGAAGCACUCCCGCUGCUGUGAUGCCGACGCUGCACACUGCAGCAGCUGCAGCAGCAACAGCAGCAGCAAUAGCAGCAACGGCGCCGUCUCCCCCCUGCAGACAAACGGCCCAUCAGCAGCAACACAGCCACCCUACACUCACGGUCCCAGUCAUGAACAGACUAGGGGAGGAAGCUCCACAGGAAGAUGCUGGUCGUGCUGUUGUUGCUCCUAGCGCUGCUGCUGCGGCUGCUGCUUUUGCAGUUGAGGAGCAACCAGCUAGGUUCGCCGUCCACAGUGACCUUUCGUGCUGCACACUGCUGCCCAGCAGCAGCAGCAGCAGAAUCGGAAGCCUGGUAGCCACUACUGUGACGGAAGUUCAAUCUCCGACCCCUCAGCAACAGGAUCAACUACAGCAGCAGCAACAACAGCGGCAGCAACAGCCUCACCAGCAACAACUGGGAAGCCAGAGGCUGCCGAACAGGGUACAGGAGCUCAACGAUCCCAUGCAGUUGCUUCGCGUGACCCAUAGGCUGCAACCGCAGCAGCAGCAAAUGUUGCAGCUGCUGCAGCAACACCAACAACUGUGCGCUGGGAGGAUUCAAAGGGUUCCCUUGACGUAUUGUAGGGCUUCUUCUGGAGAGGUACGGCCGUCGUCACGUCCCCACCUACAGGAGGAAAAGGAACAGCAGCAGCAACAACAACAGCAGCAACAGCAGCAGCAGCAGCAGCAGCGCAUCCUUUCCCCCCAGCAGCAGCCUUAUCCCCUACAGCAGCAGCAACAGCAGCAGCACUCUCAACCGCGAAGGCGAGCUCAUGGCCUAACAAAGACCCAUGAAGCGGGUUCCCCGCUGCAGCCGGUGAACGCAGCAGCUGCUACCAACACUGCAGCACCAGUGCCCCCAACACACCGCAGCACAGGCGAUGCUCUCUACAGCAGACAGCCUGUUUGCUGCCGCUCUCGGGGAGAGUCAUACGCGCCUACUGCUACGGGAGGGAAGCUUCCGCACUCCGCCGCACAGCAGCAGCAGAGGAAGCAGCAGCAGCAAACUCAGGAUGAACUGUGGCGCUGCGUAGACCGCAGUAGAGAACGCCACGAAGAAAGGCACUUAUGGCGCCCGCAGGCAGGCAACCGCCAACAGCAGCAGCAGCUGCAGCCGCAGCAGCAACACCAACACAUGGUUUCGUGCGGCGAAAAUGCAGCUGCCUACCGCCAAGUGCAGCAGACAGUGCAAAUACGGAGUGCAUCAGGUGUUGCAGAAGCCCCGCAGGCGAUGGGUGCAAUCAGGCGGAGGAGGAGCAGCUGCAGCAGCAUUCAAAGCGGCAGCAACACACAAACCCCACGGACAGGAAACAGGGAGUCCGUGCCUGCACACCCUAGACAAGGGAGCUAUCGUUUUAGCUGGACAAUGAAGAACAGCUCCCCAAUAGCACCUGCCGCUGUUGGGGCUGCAGGCGUGGCAGCAGCAUGUGCUGGAGCCAUUGCAGGCGCUGCAGCGGCAGCUCGUCAAGGGAAACUGCCGCGUGCAGCACCCCCAGGCAAAGGUGACGGACUGACAGGAAUUCAGUGCAGCAAGCGCCGCACUUUGGCAGAGAGAGCAGCGAGAAGGGCCAGGCGCAUAGUACGUGAGGAGUUCUUCGGGGCUGAUGAAGCGUGA